AUGGAGGAUUUUAGAGCGAUGUUAGAUGAAUGUGGAUUUCAAGACCUUGGUUUUGUGGGGGGGAAGUUCACAUGGUGUAAUGGGCAUCCGGAUGGCCAUACAAUAUGGGAGAGGUUGGAUAGGGCAGUUGCUACAAUGGAUUGGUUAGGAAAAUUCCCGGCGACGAAGUUUAUUCAUUUGGAGUGUGGUUCCUCUGACCACAAACCAAUUCUUAUUUGUCUCAAUGGAGUGCCUAAGUUCCGUAAUAAACCAUGGAGGUUUGAGCACAUGUGGUUGGAGGAGGAGGGGUGUAGGGAUACGGUGGAGGCGGCGUGGGGUUGUGAUGUUCCUGGCCAAGCUAUGGCUCGGGUUGAAGGCAAGAUCACCCAUUGCCAAGCAAAAUUAAAAUGGUGGAGUCGAAUGUCUAUAGGGAAUAUUACAAGAUUGUUGAAGGAAAAAAAAGAAUUGUUGAGGAAGGCAGAAGAGGCAGCCAUAGCAGGGAGGUCGAUGAACAGGGUGCUUAGGCUGAAAAAAGAAAUUAAUGAUCUACUCUCUAAAGAAGAAAAAAUGUGGAAACAACGAUCCCGAGCUUUGUGGUUGCAUGAAGGUGAUAGUAAUACUCGUUAUUUCCAUAGUAAAGUAUCCCAUAGGUUCAGGAGAAAUAGAAUUGAGCUGCUGGAAAAUCAUAGGGGGGAUAAAUGUGAGGAUGAAAAUGGGAUUGCAAAUAUUUUGGUAGAAUUUUACCAAAGUCUCUUUGCUUCUUCCUUACCAGAUCAGAUUAAGGAAGCCUUAGUAGCCACUCCUAUGGUGGUAUCAGAGGAGAUGAAUCAGGCACUAGUAGCACCUUUUGAAAGAGAGGAAGUGGAGUUGGCUCUGACGCAGAUGGAUCCCCUAAAAGCACUAGGACCGGAUGGCAUGCCACCCCUUUUUUUCCAGCACUUUUGGCCGGCCAUUGGAGAUGAUGUGGUGGAGGCCGUACUCACUUGUCUCAAUUCGGGCUCUAUACCUUCCUCAAUAAACCGAACCUUCAUCACUCUCAUUCCAAAGGUCAAAAGUCCGGUAAGAGUCUCUGACUACCGUCCAAUUGCUCUAUGCAACACUCUAUAUAAGCUUAUUUCUAAGGUACUUGCAAAUAGACUCAAGAUUGUUUUACCAUGUGUUAUAUCUGAUACUCAAAGUGCUUUUCAAUCUAGCAAAGCAAUAUCUGAUAAUAUCCUGGUUGCCUUUGAGACACUGCACCAUAUGAAGAACCAAAAAUCGAAGAAGGGGGGUUUUAUGGCUCUGAAACUAGAUAUGAGCAAGGCGUAUGAUCGGGUGGAGUGGGUGUAUCUGAUAAAAAUAAUGGAGAAAUUGGGUUUUUGUGAAAAGUGGGUGUCCCUUGUCUAUGAAUGUAUUAGCACUGUUUCCUACUCUAUCUUGGUAAAUGGUGAACCGAGGGGUGAUAUUAGACCUUCACGAGGUCUAAGGCAGGGAGACCCUUUGUCCCCCUAUUUGUUCUUAAUAUGUUCAGAAGGUUUGAAUAGAAUGCUUCAAAGGGCAGCAGCGGAGGAUGAUUUACAGGUUAUUCAAAAUAUUCUAUCAUUGUAUGAGAAAGCCUCAGGCCAAAAGUUAAACCGUGAGAAGACAACCAUUUUCUUCAGCAAGGCAGUUCAUGGUGACACAAAGAAUCAACUCUCAAACUUUCUACAGGUGUGGAGACUGCUAAAGGAUCAUAACUCCCUAUUCUUUCGUGUCUUCAAAGCAAAGUACUUUCCAAAUGGUUCAAUUUUUGAAGCCCAUGCAGCUGGGGGGUCUUAUGCCUGGCAGAGCAUUCUCAAAGCCAGAAGGGUGAUUUCGAUGGGGAUGCGAUGGAGGAUAGGGGAUGGUAGAAGUAUUAAUGUUUAUAAUGAUAGCUGGCUGCCUAGGAGGGGUUCGGCUAAAAUUCUGUCUCCACAAUCGGGUGGGCUGGUAGGUGCACGGGUUGCUGCCCUUAUAAAUCCUGAUACAAGGACCUGGGAUCAAAAUGUGUUAAAGCAAAACUUCUUGAGCUUCGAGGUUAGCCGUAUCCAAGCUAUCCCACUGUGCUGGAUGGACCAAGAUGAUUGCUUAAUUUGGCCGGGGUGCAAGGAUGGUAAUUACUCGGUUAAAUCAGGAUAUCAGCUCCUGUGUGAAUCUGAAACUUUGGGUGCUGCAUCAAGCUCGGAUAGUUCGAAGCAAAAUCUCUUCUGGAAGCGUGUAUGGAAGUUACAUAGUCCAAACAAAAUUAAAAUGUUCCUCUGGCGGGUGUGUUCAAAUGCAUUGCCAACCAUGGAAAACUUGAAGCGGAGAAGGGUAUUGGAAGAUGCAAAAUGCAAGGCAUGUCUCGCGGCUGAGGAAGAUACUCUCCACGCUAUCUGGAGUUGCGAGAAGCUUCAACAUAUUUGGUUCCCCUGUUUCAGCUGGGUCCAAACAGAGCAUCCGCAAAUUCCAGAGGUACAAGAGCUUAUUUCUUUGGUCGGACAAUGGAGUGAUAAGCUGGAACUUUUUGCGGUAGUGGCGUGGCUUAUAUGGAAUCAUAGGAACAGGUUGCGCUUGAAUGAAAAGGGUUUAGCCUCGGACAGAAUUCUACAAACGGUUAUGGCAUAUCUUACGGAGUUUCAAGCAAAGCGUCCCAAGGCAGCCCCAAAACCAGCUAAGGGUCUUGUACGUUGGUGUCCGCCUAUGGGUGAACGGUUCAAGACAAAUUACGAUGGGGCUAUGUUCUCUGAAUCGGGAGAGGCUGGUAUAGGGGUGGUGGUUCGGAAUGCAAAGGGUGAGGUAAUCGCUGCUCUUGCCGAGAAGAUUCUGUAUCCGGGUUCGGUGGAAGUGCUGGAAGCUUUGGCUGCGAGAAGGGCUGCUAAUUUCAUUGUUGAGCUGGGCAUUGCAGGUUCGGAAUUUGAAGGAGACUCGGAAGUAAUGUGCAGAGCUUUGAGGUCUACGGAGUCAGGCCAAUCAUCCAUCGGCCAGAUUGUAAAAGACAUUAUGUCUAUUAUUGGUUCACUUAGUUUUUUCUCUUUCUCUCAUAUUAAGCGGCAGGGCAAUUGUGUCGCCCAUGCUUUGGCUAGGAGAGCAAUAGUUUUGUUUCCGUUACUAGUUUGGAUGGAGCAUGUUCCAUCUGAUAUUGAACCUUUUGUUUUUUCAAAUAUUCCGGGGAGUUAA